UAAGAGGAAGUAACUUUACAGAGAGGAAGAUGUGGGGUAAUUGUGUCACCCAACCUUUUUUUUUCUCACCUUUGCGAAAUGAAGGACAUCCCGUCUUCAAGAGGACUGAAAGAUGUGAUGGUUGGAUGACUCGUCUUCCUCUACAUCGCUGUCUUUCUACACUUCAGCAGUGGACUAUAGUAGUAUAAUAGCAUCCUGUCAGUGUCCCUCUGUGUCUUUGUUCACUAGAGGAAGGAAGGGGAGAAAGUCCUAAACAGAGGUGUAUUUUAGGCCACCGCUUCCAAGUAGGAAGUGAAACUUUGGUUUGAGUUAUAAUACCUUUUCUUGACCUAAUCUGUUCAUGCACCUUACUUUCUCGUCCACUGUUUCUGGUGCGUUCUGUCCUCCGGCUCGGACCCAGCAUGGACCGCCUGGCCGCCCGUUACCGGCGGUCGCGUCUCAGACACCUCGCCUCGGAGAAGAAAGACAAAGCUGGCUGUUUCCAGUCCAAGAACACUGAUGAGGAGGCCUGCGUGGCAGUGAAAAUCGAACACUCCAGAGCUCUAGGCAGUAGCCCAGCGUGCGAGGAAAGAAACCCACCCAGUGUGCAGGCGUGUCUGAAUCGGGCCGGCGGUCCUGUCAGGAGCAGGGGAGGGGUCAAUGGAAGAAGCUCUGGCAGCAGGCCGGGGCUGCAGACUAAACCACAAGUGCCUCCAAAACCACCACAUCUUCAGAGCCCGGUGACGGAUUUAACUUCCCCACUUGGCCGCAUCAAGAGACCAUCAUUUAAUAGACGAGGCAUGGAGGAAGGUGGAGGAGGAGGAGGAGGAGGAGGAGGAGGAGGGGGAAGAGGGGCUGUGAACCGAGAGAAAAUAAGGGAGAAACACUCCAAAGUCUCAGACCUCAUCAGCCGCUUUGAGGAGAACAGCAACACAGACAACAAGAGAGACGGCUCUCCGCUCAAACAGAUCAGCAAGUCAUCCAACAGCAGCCCGGCUCACCGAGCCUACCAGAAGCAGACGGAGAACCAGGACAACCACUCUUCCUCCGCACCGACCUCGCCGCAGGAUGCCCACAAACCGGCUGCUAAUGGGGUGCUAGCUCAGAUGGAGCAGGAAAAGGACAAAGACAAGGAGGAUAACCAGGAGACGGACAAUGGAAGUGUGAGGAUAGAGAGUGGCGGGCUGGUAAACGGAGAUAUGGGGUGCACGGAACAGAGUGACGAUCAUUCACCUCCACACACAGACAGGACUGGUACAGAAAGCCACACUGAGAAUGAGGACAGUGGGACUAAAAUAGACACAGAACCCAAGAACGAAGAAGGGAGCGCUGACCAGAAGGAGACAAAUGAACAGAAGCUGUUUAAGAUCGCCAGUGAACUCCUGCACACAGAGAAGGCCUACGUAGCGCGACUCAACCUGCUGGACCAGGUAUUCUCUGCGAGGCUGAUGGAGGAGGCUAAUAAAGGAACGUUCCCUGUGGACGUAGUGAAGAACAUCUUCUCCAACAUCGCCUCCAUCAACGUCUUUCACAGCCAGUUCCUGCUGCCAGAUCUGGAGAAACGAAUGGGAGAAUGGGCGGCCACACCUCGCCUCGGAGACAUCCUGCAGAAACUCACACCCUUCCUCAAGAUGUAUGCAGAGUAUGUGAAAAAUUUCGACAAGGCUAUGGAGCUGCUGAAACAGUGGACUGAUCGUUCCCCUCAAUUCAAGGCGAUCAUUCAGGAGAUACAGAGUCAAGAGGUCUGUGGCUGCCUGACGCUUCAGCAUCACAUGUUGGAGCCCGUGCAGAGAGUCCCUCGCUACGAGAUGCUGCUGAAAGACUAUCUGAAGAAGCUGCCGCAGGACGACCCUGACCGGAGAGACUCAGAGAAAUCAUUAGAAAUCAUUGCCACAGCAGCUACUCACUCCAACAGCGCCAUACGGAAAUCUGAGAAUCUGAAGAAGCUGAUGGAGAUAUACGAGAUGCUGGGUGAGGAGGAGGACAUCGUUAACCCCUCUAACGAGUUCAUCAAAGAGGGACACAUCCUGAAGCUGGCGGCCAGGAACACCUCGGCCAUGGAGCGAUACCUCUUCCUGUUCAACAACAUGCUGCUGUACUGCGUGCCCAAGUUCAGCCUGGGAGGGGCCAAGUACACAGUGAGGACACGGAUCGGCAUCGAUGGCAUGAAGGUCCUGGAAACGACCAACGAGGACUACCCUCAUACCUUCCAGGUGUCAGGGAAGGAGAGGAUGCUCGAGCUACAGGCCAGUUCAGAGCAAGACAAGGCAGACUGGAUUAAGGCGUUCCAGGCAACCAUUGAGAUCUUCCAGCAGAAGAACGAGUCGUUCAAGAACGCUCUGAAAGAUGCAGAUGAAGUGUCGAAUGCAGAGCUGGGGAAGCGCGCCCCUCGCUGGAUCCGCGACAAUGAAGUGACAAUGUGUAUGAAGUGUAAAGAGCCGUUCAACGCUCUGACACGGCGGAGACACCACUGCAGAGCCUGCGGCUAUGUGGUGUGCUGGAAAUGUUCAGACAACAAGGUGGCGCUUGAAUACGAUGGCAACAAGAUGAACAAAGUCUGCAGAGACUGUUUCUCCAUCCUGAACGGAGAAAGAGUCGCCGAGGGCAAGAGGAAGGGCAUCCUGGAGAUCGAGGCGGCUCAGUUCUCCGGCAGCAGCAUCAUGUGCGGCUUCCUGCAGUACUGUGAGAAGAACAAACCCUGGCAGAAGGUUUGGUGCGUCAUCCCAGAGAAAGAGUGUCUGGUGCUCUAUCUCUACGGAGCUCCACAGGAUGUGAAGGCCCAGUCUACCAUCCCCCUCCUGGGCUACUCUGUGGAGGACAGCGCCCGGCCCACCGACCCCCCGGCCACCUUCCGCCUCUCUCAAUCCAAAUCCAUCCACAACUUUGCUGCUGAAAACGAGGAGCUGAAGCAGCGCUGGCUGAAAGUGAUCCGCGUGGCGGUGCUGGGGGAGAUGCCAGAAUGCCCCGAGACCAACGGCGGCACCGCCAACAUGAUGGACAACAACAACACACAAGAAGCGGGUACUGAUAGCUCAUAAAGGUGUGUUUUCUACACGCUAACUGCUGUUGGAUUGCUCAAGUAAGACGUGCAGCAUGUGUGCUGCACUCUCCGUGCUGGCCUCGACUCUUAAAGACAAAGUGGAACAAUCAGUUCUGGAUAAGCUGCCUUCCCUUGCCACUCUCCUGUUUCCGGGGUUUCUUCCUGGAUUUUCUCAUAAACCCACACAAGAACUUCUGAUUCACUGCUAAAGCUGUGCUGGAUUACUAAAAGGACCAGUCUGGUGCAAUCAACACUAGAGCAGAGUGGCCUCAGGACUGAUCGACUUCCCUCAAACAGGCACUAUAAAGGACAGCCCAAAGUCAGCCCUCAUAGACUUUUAACCUGUCAGCUCCUCUUGAGCCAGUGGACCACCACAGACUUACACAGCGGCCCGUACAGGAUGUGAAUCAAAGCAGCAGCAAACUAAGUCUGCUGGUGCUGUAACUCAACUCUGUGUACCUGUACAGUAUAAAUGUUUUUGUUUUCUUUUCAGAAAGGAACAAUUGUGUUUUUAUGUACAUAAAUCAAUCCCAAACUUUGUUUUGAUAACAUAGAAAACAUCUAAGUAUGAUAUAAAGUAUUUGAAGUAUUCUGUCUUUUCUUUGCUUGAGAAGAUGGAUCCAAAACUGGGAAAAUGAUCAUGUGGUUGGAGAAUGACUGUUCUCACCUCCCACAUUCAUCCCUCAGUGAAAAUUCAUCAACUGUCUAAAUGCUAAUCAAAUUCUGAAUGCAUGUUGGCUGAUCUGUCUGCUUUGCAAAUGGUUGCAACUGUCCUAUAGUGUUUUCUUUGAUGCAAAGGAACUAGUUUGCUAAUCAAAACAGUUGUAAAGGAGCAGUGUGUAGGAUUUAGUGGCAUCUAGUGGUGCAGUUGUAGAUUGCAACUGCUCACCCCUCCCUUUCCAAUCAUGUAGGAGAACCUACGGUGGGCUUCGGGUAAUGUAAAAAAAAGCAAAAAGUCCUGUCGUGGAUGAAGGGCUCAUUCUAAGCUUACAAAAACACAAUUCUUACUUUCAGGUGUUUGUACACUAAUGAAAUAAUAAUAAUAAUAAAAAAUAUUAGAUUUAAUUUCACCCAAUAGAUCCCCCUAUAUCCUACACAAUGCUCCUGUAAAUAUAUAGGCAGCUGACCAUGGAAGAAAUCAAUUGUCCUAAGAGUUUUUGUAUUGUAAUGGCAAUACGUAUUGUGAUAUAGUACUUUUCAAGCCUUACUCAAGAUAACUGAUGAUGUCAUAGCAGACAUUUACUCAGACUUUAGACAGCUCCCUAUAGAGCAACAAAGGACGAAGCACUCUGAGACAAGUUAACUGACUGUUAUGUAUAAGAUCAGGUACAGCUAUCUUAGUAGAAACAAACUGUUCAGUAGCCAGAAAAAGAUUUACAACAGCUGCCUCGUAUGUCAAAUGCAGUAUGAGAAAAAUACCACCAUGUCCAACUGGAUCCUGUUACGUUUUGCAGUAUGUAAACUUUCUGGCUUUCGUUCUUUUCUGGCUAAUCUGACCCACAAUCCUCUGCGCAGCAUAUAUAGGUGCAUCAUAAUAAAUUAGAAUAUCAUAGAAAAGUUUAUUUAUUAGUGGUGUCAACAAUAAUCGAUUUGGCGAUGCAUCGCAAUGCGGGGCAUGCAGGAUUCAGCAUCGAUGCGGCAAAGUGCCAUAAUCGAUUAUGUUUAUUUUCUGGCCUCCAGUGGAAAGUUGUGGGGGCAAUUGCUCUGUUGCUAGUUUGGAGUUUAACACGGUUUUAAACUCCAACUCCAGUUUAAAAUAAUCUGUUGUUAUUAGGCCUAUCUGACUGCUUGUAUUGCCUCAUGACUGACGAAAAAUGUCCCUUGUUGUGUGCAGUAUAAUUGUGAUGCAUCGCAGAAUCGAAUUGAAUCGAAUCGUUACCUGGUGAAUCGUAAUCGAAUCGAAUUGUGAGGGCAGUGCCAAUGCACACCCCUAUUAUUUAUGUCAGUAAUUAAAUUCAAAAAGUGGAAAUACCACAUUAUGUAGAUCCAUUACAUGCAUAAUGAAACAUUUAAUGUCUUAAUUUAUUUAAUGUAUUAUAAUUAUAAUGAUUAGGGGUUUUCAUUUAAUGAAGACCUAAAAUUCAGUCUCUUAAAAAAUUUGAAUAUUUCAAAAGACCAAUUUAAUGUCCAUCUAUACGACUCAAUACUUGGUUGUGUCUAUUUGACUUGAACUACUGGAAAUUUAGUUUCAGUAAUUUUCUAAUUUAUUCAGAUGCACCUGUACAUAAGAAGGAGGAUCACAGUUCAAGGCGCAAUGUAAUGAUGCAGUAUGCAACAGUACGUACAGCUGCAGUACGUACUAAAAGUCAAACUGCCAAAAUAAGUUCACAAAUCUCUAUGGUCUCACGAUACGUAUUGCCACACAUCUGGACAGUGCUGUUUGUCCUAAAAUGACACGCUGCGAUCAUGGAUGAUACUCAUUCAUGUUCCAAACUUGCACCAUGAUGAGAUGAGAUGAACAGGGAGCUUCAGGUUUUCUGUUUAGAUGCAAACGCAGAACAAUCAUAGAUAAAGCAAGCUGGUGCGAGAAUUGUAAAUGUGCUUUUAAUGCUGUAAUUCAUUUUUAUUAUUUAAAGUAAUUUAUAGAGUAUGACAAGCAUGAUCUGUUAAAAGUAGCACAAAUUUGUUCCCCGACUGUCAACUAAGAAGCGCAGUAGGUAGAUCUUAUUUUUCCUGAGAGCAGAUGUUUUUAAACUAACUCAGAUGUGUCACUUCCGUUCUUCAGACUGGACUGGACUGUGUUCAUUCACACGGUUCUGUUUGUUCUCUGUCUCCCCCCUCAGAACUCCUUCUCUUUAAAGUAUUCAAGUUAAAAAAAAAAACAAGAGCACAAAACUUCCCUAUCUGUAACAUCUGAAUGUAUAUCCAGAUUUUUAUGUCCUCUCAUCCCCUCCCCAAAGGUGUGAGAAUCUACGCACUUUACAGUCUUAUAAAGUGUACCUUCAAAGAAAAUAAAAGGAGAUUAAAUUUA